UGCAGGAAAAAACGGGCUCCCAAGGCUUUGGAAAAGACGCAACGUAAAUACACACAUACAUGCUCACAUAAAAAAAGACGCCACCCGGGUGGCACAGGCAAGCCGAUCCGUCAGACGCGUUCAUCAGGUUGCAGACGGCUGUAGUUCCCUUGAAAGUAAAAGCAACACCGGCGCCUAUUUUUAGAACAGCUCCCUCCCCAGUGCGAUUCGGAGACUGGAGGUGUGGGUGGGGAGAAGGGGAAAGAAUGAGUAAGUGAGAGAGAGAGAGCGAGCGAGCGGCUAUGCAAGCUGGAAGCGUCUUCCUAAAUUUCUAGCGCUGUUACCGUAAUCACGAAUGCGACGAGUGGAAUUACAGUUUCACGUGUGGGGUGGGGGAGGCUUAAGUGUCUCUGGUGGCUGAAGAGAUAGCCUAUAUAACAGCAGGGCGUGUUUAUUUUCUCAAGGAGUUAACACGGUCCCUGCGCUGGAGUAUAUGAUGUGUGCUAAUUGAUCGCGAAAUCUGUUCCGUCUGCAUUGAACAUACUGUUAAAUAUUCUGGAAGCGAAUAAACCCUAAAAAGAAGAGACGAAGCGGCGCAUUUUGGAUUUUUUUCCCUCUCUUGUUGAUUGAAUCCGUUUUCGUGUCGCAUUUGUUUGCACAUGUACUUAUUCCAUCUGACGCGUCUAGGCUACUGGAAAUAAGGAUUGACUCAAUCAGAAGCAAAAGAUUUUUGAGGAAAAGUGACAUACUUCUCUUUCUGACACUUUGCAACCUAUUCAGUCCUACAUCGUGAAGACUUCUUAAGUUUUAACAAAAUAAAUGCAAGUCUGAACGCCUUCAAAAAUAUUUUUUGGUUACUUUUAAAAAGGUGUAGCGGAUCAACAGCGGAUGAUACAGAAGAGAUUGCGCUGAGCUAAUGUGGAGAUAGAGGAUACGUGCUUGGGGGGAGUUACUAUAGUUUAGUGGCUGCAUUCUAUUUCAAAAUUCUAUCGGAAUUACGAAAAAGUUGAGGGAUUCUAUGAAUUUAUUAUAAGGUAUUUAUGCUUUUUUAAUAUAGUGCCCGCCCCUCUUAAACGCUGAGACGAGUAAAGAGGUGAAAGCGGCAUCGACUUUCAGCCAAGUAAAUUUAUGUUACCUCAUUUUAAACAUAUAUGUAACAAAUUUAUUGCCUCUAAUUUUGCUGUUAAGAAAUUAUUUAAUUAACCGUUGUAACCAUAACUGAAGUAUUUUACUACACAUAUUCUGUAAUAAUACAUACAAUUCUAUUUUUUUACUAGAGGACGUUCAAAAGUUUAAAAUAAUCCCAUUUUGAUUCAUGAAUACACAUAUUUUGAUUACCUCUAUAGGCAUUUAUUUUUGUUAGGUUUAUUCACCGAAUAUAAGAUUGUCAUUUCUAUCUUAGCUAUUAGAUUAUUCAGCUGACCUUAAGUUAUUAAUGAAUUAUCCUGGUGUUGCUUAACCAAUAAUUUAUUCAUAUUGAUAGUUUUAUUAAAUGCUGCUUUUUUUACAUGGUUUCAGAAAGAAAUUGUAAAUCAAAGGAAAAAUUAACAAGAGAGUCAAUUAUAUUUGGAUGGGGGUGUACAUCCUGUUGCAGGUCGGUUAUCAAGGUCAAAUGAGAGACACGUCUUGGCUCACAGACUAGGUGAGACGGUCAUUAACUAGUAGACACAAUACGACUGUAAGGGGUUGUAAAAGGUAACCAGCCCACCUAAAUCUAUGAUCAGUUCAGUGUGUGUUUCAUCCUAUCGUGGACGCAAGUCUGGCAACAAACCUCCCUCUAAAACAUGUUUGAAAGAAGAGAUGGGAAAGGGGGACGAAUCCGACAAAGUCAUAAUCAAUGUUGGGGGCACUCGGCACGAGACUUAUAGGAGUACGCUUAGAACGCUGCCAGGCACGCGGUUGGCUUGGCUUGCAGACCCAGAUGCCCAGGGUAAUUUUGACUUUGACACACGGCAACAUGAGUUCUUCUUUGAUCGUCACCCAGGCAUCUUUGCCUAUGUGCUCAAUUACUACAGGACAGGCAAGCUACACUGCCCAGCUGAUGUCUGUGGACCCUUGUUUGAAGAAGAGCUGGCUUUCUGGGGUAUCGAUGAGACAGAUGUGGAGCCUUGCUGCUGGAUGACCUACCGGCAACAUCGUGAUGCUGAAGAAGCCUUGGAUAUCUUUGAGGCUCCCGACCAGGAGGACAGUGGUAGUGGAACCCUGGAUGAAGAUAGAGAAGUGACCAGGCACCUGGGUGUUGAGAGUGGCCCAGACAGGCAUCGAAGCUGCUGGGAAGUCUGGCAACCUAAAAUAUGGGCACUCUUUGAAGACCCAUACUCCUCACUGGCUGCCAGGGUCACUGCCUUUGUCUCCUUAUUCUUCAUCCUUGUCUCUAUUACCACCUUCUGCUUGGAGACUCAUGAAGCCUUUAACUUGUUGGUCAACAGAACAGAGGAGCAGAGAAUACUGAACUACACCCAGAUGGUGAUUACUAUAGAGGUGGUGACAGAGCCCACCCUGACACUUGUUGAAGGCAUCUGUGUUGUCUGGUUCACCUUUGAAUUUCUAAUCCGCAUCAUUUGCUGCCCAGAUAAGCUAUUGUUCAUUAAGAACUUGCUCAAUAUCAUUGACUUUGUAGCAAUCCUUCCCUUCUACCUGGAGGUGGGACUGAGUGGAUUGUCUUCAAAAGCUGCCAGGGACGUGCUAGGUUUCUUGCGUGUGGUACGUUUUGUCCGGAUCCUGCGGAUCUUUAAACUAACUCGUCACUUUGUUGGGCUGAGAGUGCUUGGCCACACUUUGAGGGCAAGUAUCAAUGAGUUUUGCCUCUUAAUCAUCUUUCUGGCACUGGGAGUCUUGAUAUUUGCCACCAUGAUCUACUAUGCUGAAAGGAUUGGUGCUAGCCCAAAUGAUCCCACUGCUAGCAUGCAUACACAUUUCAAGAAUAUCCCCAUCAGCUUCUGGUGGGCCGUUGUGACAAUGACCACACUGGGGUAUGGUGACAUGUACCCCCAGACCUGGUCUGGCAUGGUGGUUGGCGCUUUGUGUGCUCUUGCUGGUGUCUUGACUAUUGCCAUGCCAGUGCCUGUCAUUGUGAACAACUUUGGGAUGUACUACUCUCUGGCAAUGGCAAAGCAGAAAUUGCCCAAGAAAAAAAAGAAGCACAACCCAAAUCCAAAUGCCCAAUUAGAGUCACCUACCUUCAUCAAGUCGGAGGCAAACUCUUCUCGAAACAGCAUUCAGAGUGACACCUGCCCACUAGCAACAGAGGAGGGAAUAAGGAGAAACCGAUCAGCAUAUCUUAGCAAUUCUUGGAGGGCUUGAUGAACUGGCAUACCCAAGUCAAAAUACUGGGUGUCACUUAUAAUCCUCUCUUAUCCAAUGCUGUGUAUAACCCUUAUGUUCUUGGAUGUGGCAAGUGCAAAUAGACAUGUCUGCAUGCAAAUGUUGAUGGCCAAGAGUAAGUCUUUACCCAGCCAGCUGCAAGAAAGAAUAUACUGAAGCACCUAAAACAUUAAAAUGUUAAAUUACAGAGGACUACUGUGUAAAAACAUAUUUAAAAUGACAUCACUGGAAUAUGGGGCUGUUACUAUUUAAGAGGAGCCUGAUCUUUCAAGACUUGAGUGGAGUUGUCUUUAAAGAUUCUUAAUUUAGGUUUUCAAAAAAGUUUUGCUUAUUCUACAAAGAUAUUCUGGUCUGGACACAUUUGUUGGUAAACCUAGAAAAGAUAUUAAAUAAUUGAAGUAGAGGGGUUUUUUAAACUAGCUGUUUUCUUUUAUUAGUAAUACACAUGUCUCCAAUUGUGCAAUCAGUCAUUUCAGCCAAUUUAAAUGGAGAAAAAUAGUCACUCUACUGUUAGGUGUCAUUGUGUGUCCCACACUGAACAUGUUUCAGAGAAUGGAAAGGAGAGAAUUUUCUAAGGAGAUCAUAAAGAAAAUUAUAGACAAGCUUGUUAAAGGCAAAAGCUAUAAGACCAUCUCCAAUCAGCUUGAUGUUCCUUUGACAAUAGUUGUGCAUGUUAUUAAGAAGUUUAAGGUCCAUAGGACUGUAGCCAACCUCCCUGGAUGCAGCCACAAGAGGAAAUUUGACCCCAGAAUAGGCAGAAAGAUAGAUAGAUAGAUAGAU